AUGAAGAUCCAAAUCCUAUUGUCACUUAUGACUCUUGGUCUCGCUCUCGGCGAACCGAUCCCCAAACAGGCUCUCUCGCAAAGACAGACAGACAACACCUGCCCUACCAAAAUGAGCUGCAGCACCUUUAAGAGCGAGUCGUUCCGAUUAUCACAAUGGGCGAAUGCCAUCUCCCAUAAUGCGUCUCAGGGCAAACUGGACGAUGAAUUGAAGAAACAAAUUGCUGAAUUAGAGGCCGAGGGUAAGAAACUCGAGGCCUGCAGGUAA